CGCACGCCAGUCUUCCAUCUUGUGUGUAAAGAAUGCCUAAAAUGUGAUCAAACCGGGCUAUUUAAUCGCACGGUAUCUUAAUCUAAUGAAAUCUUCUCAAACGUAUCAUGCGUAUCACGUGUUAUUUGUUGGCACGAAGGGACAGCAGUCCUAUCAGAACGCUAGCUCAUCACUGGGGGUGACUUUGCGGGGAUAAACCCAGGUCCCUCCGGAGUGGUCAACUCCGGGACUUUGUCUGAGCAAUCGGGCCAGCGAGAAGACGCGCGUAUCUGAAGAGGAAACUCGUAACAAAAUCUGUCAAAAGUGUCUGUUAUUGCACUGUUCUGGUCUCUAAACGUAACCAUCGCGUGGGUACUAGUAGCAGAUUCCUCCCUAGAUAUGGAUCCGAGUCUGUUCUAGGUAUGUAGAAUCGUACAAAAAGUUCGGGGGCACAGAUCUAGAGCGAGAAAUGUUACCCAAUGUGACCACAGAACUGCCCGGACACCAGAACUCCACCGCCAACUCCACCGGCGUCUUCGACUGGGAACCGUUCUCCUACUACUACUCUCCCUGGCGCGAGCUCCAGCUCGUCUGGGUGACGAUAUGCAUGACGCUGGGCACGUGCGGCAACACCGCGGUGCUGCUGACUAUCGCAUCGGUGGAGGAGCUUCGCACACCCGGGAACGCCCUGCUCUGUAUCCUGGCUGUGGCCGACAUUCUUCAAGUCAUCUCCAAGUGUCCCAUGAUGAUAUGGCUCAUGGCGCGGCAGCAAACCUUGCCGUGUGAAAACAACGGCUUGCUGUGUCUGCACUUUCUCUAUCUGACGGGGUCACUUUUCUCUGUGAACAUCAUUGGCCCCAUAUCUUUGGACCGAUACUGGUACAUCUGCUACCCGCUGAAGUACAGUUCCAUCAUGACCAGAGCACGCACAGCCUGCCUCGCAGCCCUCCCACUUCUCGUCACCGUCACCAUAGUGAUCCUUCCUUUCUUCGAACCCGGAGCUGGGGAGUUCUACUUCUUCCCGCCAUACGUCUCAUGCAAGUACACGGGGCCAGUCAAGAGAGGCAGACAAGCGGCCAUAAACAGCGGUUACGGAAUCGUCGUGCUGACGAUGCUUUUCUGCUACUUCAAAAUCUGGCGCGAGGUAAGACGACAACAAGCUCGACACAGACAGUUGCUCCCCCAGGCCCUGACAGCAGUAGACUCCGGACAGUCGGAGCUCACCGGCACAACUCGGCAGAUCAGGCUAUCUUCGGUUGACGGGGGUUCCGAGAGUCAACAGGAGUCGCCUGACACGACUGGACAGAUGAAUCGACAGGUGUCGGUGACGUCUCUGUCAGCACGGCUGUGCGACUCUCCAUCAUCAGCUGGUCAAAAAUGUGGUUCAAAGCCCAGUAACAAGGUGGCCCCGGCACGAAUCUGGUCAGCGGCCCUUCAGAAGGUUCCCUCGGAGUUCAAGCAGCGCAUGAAGACGGCCACCACGAUCUUGCUGGUCAUCGGGGUGUACUUCAUCACCUGGCUGCCCUACUUCGUCGUCAUACUCCGAUCGGCCAAGUGGGGGGACGAAGCGUCGUCGUCGUCAGACGGACCGUGGCAGAGGUUCGCCAUGUUGUUCUCUCUGAUUUCAGCGUUCUCUAACCCCAUCAUCUACACUCGCAACCGCCAGUUUCGCCAGGGGUUACUGAGACUAUUUCGCUGCAGAAACUGAUGCAGUCUAGUCACAGUAAUCCUGGUAGCCAGACCAUAAAUUUGUUGUAAUUCCAAAUAUUCUCAUGACGACUCUUGUCUAUCAUGAAAUGACGAAAACUGGUACUCUCGGGUUGGGUGCUUUUGAUGUCAGCAGAUUAUGUUUCUUUAUAGACUGAAUGUUAUCUAAUGUUUUAGCUGGAAAAACAACGCACUGUACAAAAUACAUGACAUUGUAUAUAACGUUAUAUUAAAGGCCUCAUCGUGUUGAUUGUCACAUUAGACAUGCAUGCAUGUUCACGUGACUUUUGAAAUUUGUUAGAGACGUCAAUAGCUGAUGUAUAUCUUUCUAGAUUGAAAGCGAGCAGUGUUUUAGAUGGAAAAACAACAUAUAUGAUAUAUAUAUACUGUACACAGUUCAUAACGUUGUAUGAACGGUCCAAUUUCAGAAUUAGAAAUGUACUGUAGUGUGAGUACAGGAAUACGUAGUAAGUAAUUUUGACAUUCCGCCUGGUUGUUUUUUUUCUUUCUUGUAAAACGCAAGUACGAAGUACUAAGUGAUACCGAAGGCUAACUAAGUUCAAAGACGUUUUAGAACGAGGACUGCCAGCUAGUGAUGUCCCAGUUUUUCUUUAUUAGUAUUCGUUCUGUGUGUGACCAACACGAAACUUAGUGAUAAACCCUUGUGGGCUGAUUACCAUCUCUUUAUGAUGAAAAUGCCAUAUUUCGGAGUCUCCGUUAUACCAUGGUUAUACCUAGCUACCUAGUCCUCGUUGUUGGGUCGUUGGGCGGACCGUGAGUCUAGACAUGAAGAGAUGGGAAUAGGCAACUCCGUAACGCCAUCAUGAUUUGAGGAUUGUCUGAAAUGCUGCAAGGGCACAGCGUCAUCUAUUAAUUGAAGGCUAAACUGCAGGGGGAAAAGCGGCAGUACAAAAUAAAGCGGGCCAACCAGUAUUUCACGAGUGUAUCUUAAGUAGGAAAAUAUGGUGAUAAAAGAUUUAUCAUCCAUUUCCUGUGUGCUGGUCAACUAAGGUAAUGACUCGUUUUUGUAGUCAAUAAUGCUAAUCAAAUUAAUGUCAGGUAUAGUCUAUACACGAUGAUUACAACACUGCUCUUUCUUUGACACUGUGUGUUGCAUAUCAUGUUAUAGCAGGUACCGCAUGCGUUUACAAACUUUCGGAUAUAAUUUUAAGCCUGCGGCUCUAAAUCAUAGAAUGAUAGAAAAGACCUGAAAGAAAGCCUGCAUACUCAAGAAGAUAAGGUUAAACCUCCUUGCCGAAAUACACGGGGCGCGCAAGCCCUUUUCCGUAGAGCGUAAUCGACCGUUUUAAUUCUACGUAUCGCGUAGAGCGUAGACGGACCGCUCUACGCAUUUUGCGUAGUGUAUUCGCCGUUUCAAUUCUACGUAAUGCGUUGUGGCCGAAUUUAUCGUAAAGCGUAAUCGAGAAGUUUCCGAAUUCAGCGUAGAGCGU